UUGGUGCAGGCCGGUGCUGUACGAAUGCUGCCCUGGAUACAUGAAGCUGGAUGGGAUGCGUGGAUGCCCUGCAGUGGCCCCCAUUGACCACGUGUACGGCACACUGGGCCUUGUGGGAGCCCGCACCACACAGAGGUACUCCGAUAGCUCCAAGUUGAGGGAGGAGAUUGAGGGACCUGGAUCAUUUACCAUGUUUGCUCCCAGCAAUGAAGCUUGGGAUCUCUUAGACCCUAACAUAAGGAGUGCCCUGGAGGACAAUGUGAAUAUUGAACUCUACAACGCUCUCCAUUAUCACAUGGCCAACAAACGUCUUCUGACCAAAGACCUGAGGAACGGCAUGAAGAUCACCUCCAUGUACAACGAUCUUGAGCUUAUCAUCAACCACUACCCCAAUGGGGUCGUCACGGUAAACUGCGCCAGGAUUAUUCAUGGAAACCAGGUGGCCACCAAUGGAGUAGUGCAUGUCAUCGAUCGUGUCAUCACGAGCGUGGGCAACACCAUCCAAGACAUCAUCGAAGUUGACCCUGAUCUCAGCGCCUUAAGCACAGCAGCCACGGCGUCUGGCCUGCUGGACAAACUGGGCGAGCCUGGCCACUUCACCCUGUUCGCACCCACUGAUGAGGCUUUCAGCAAGCUGGACCGGGAGGUGUUGGAGAGAAUCAUGGGAAACAGAGGUGCCCUCCAAGGUAAAGCCCACGCAGGGAGCUUCAUCCAGCUUUGGCCAAAAGAAUCUGCUCUCGGGUCACACUGGACUCACUUCUGAGGAAUUAUACACAUA